GGGCGGGUUGGCAGGCGUGGAGAGCUCGCCAUAUUUCCCUGGUGCACCCCACCCAAGUGUCGAGUUUUCGCUUGAAUGGCUGAGGGUCAACAGUGGCCCGAGGUGGUCAUAAACUGUCAAACUGGAACUAAUGGAAUUAGAAAACAUUGUAGCCAACACAGUGUACUUGAAAGCAAGGGAAGGAGGUUCAGACAGCAAUAAGGGCAAAAGUAAAAAAUGGAGAAAAUUGUUACAAUUUCCACAUAUAUCACAGUGUCUAGAAUUAAAAAGCAAAAUAGAUGUAAAGUACAGCUAUGUAGUGGAUCAGCAGCCCAUAGGGAGACUGUUGUUUAGGCAGUUUUGUGAAACUGUAAAGCCCCUGUACCACAAGUACAAUAUUUUCUUAGAUGAUGUCGAAAGGUAUCAAGUUGAGGUGGACGAGAAGAGGCACGAAGUUUCACUUGAUAUUUAUAACAAAUAUCUACAACAAAGUUCUUCAGAAUGGCAGAUAAUAGGUAUCCUGAAUGAGUCCUUGACAUCGACUUGUAAGGAGAACCUCGACACUGCAGGGAAAGAACUCUUCCUUGGGUGUGCUGCUGAAGUUAAGCUCUUCCUGGCCAAUGAGCCCUUCAAAGAAUUUGAGGCUUCCAUGUACUUUAAUAGAUACCUACAAUGGAAAUGGCUAGAAAGUCAACCAGUUACGUACAAGACCUUCAGAAUGUACAGAGUAUUAGGGAAGGGUGGGUUUGGUGAGGUGUGUGCGUGUCAAGUUAGAGCAACAGGCAAGAUGUAUGCGUGUAAAAAGUUAGAAAAAAAGAGAAUAAAGAAAAGAAAGGGCGAGGCAAUGGUUCUUAUAGAGAAGCAAAUUCUACAAAAAAUUAAUUCCAGAUUUGUUGUUAGUCUAGCAUAUGCUUAUGAAACAAAAGAUUCGUUGUGUCUCGUUUUGACGAUAAUGAAUGGUGGGGACCUGAAAUUUCACAUCUAUAACAUGGGUGGGGAUCCAGGUUUUGACCAAGAGAGAGCAAUUUUCCAUGCAGCUGAGGUUUUGUGUGGAUUAGGGCACUUACACACACAGGGCAUUGUGUACCGAGACUGCAAACCAGAAAAUAUACUUCUAGACGACCACGGUCAUGUCCGAAUAUCUGACCUUGGUUUAGCUGUUCAAAUCCCAGAAGGAGAGAUGGUACGAGGCAGAGUGGGCACAGUUGGAUACAUGGCACCAGAAGUCAUAGACAAUGAGAAGUACACAUUCUCUCCAGAUUGGUUCAGCUUUGGGUGUCUCAUAUAUGAAAUGAUUGAAGGACAAGCCCCUUUCAGAGCACGCAAAGAAAAGGUCAAACGAGAGGAAGUUGAUCGUCGGGUAAAGGAACAGCCAGAGACAUAUUCACACAAGUUUUCAGAGGAAUCUAAAUUAAUAUGUCAGCAAUUGUUGAAGAAGAAUGUGCGAGAGCGACUAGGGUGCUCGAGAGGUCGACACGGCGUUGCAGAAGUAAAGACUCACGACUUUUAUAAAACAGUUAACUGGAAAAGAUUAGAGGCAGGAAUGUGUGAACCUCCAUUUGUCCCAGAUCCCCAUGCAGUAUAUGCGAAGGAUGUGUUGGACAUCGAGCAAUUUAGUACUGUGAAGGGUGUCAACCUUGAUGCUACAGAUGACUCAUUUUACUCCAAAUUCAACACUGGGUCUGUCUCAAUUCCUUGGCAACAGGAGAUGAUAGAAACCAAGUGUUUUGAGGAGCUUAACCAAUUUGGACCCAACAACACACCAACUAAUGACCUCAGAUUAGACCUGCCUCCUCCUGAAGAUAGCAAGAGUUGCUUCCCCUUCCGACGACGGGUAUGGUGCAGCUCUGCUGUUUCAUCUUGAACAUGACCGGAGGCUUUCCUCACCUCACUUAGUUUUACGUCGGAGGUAGCUAGAUGAGGGUUGGAAAGGCAAGAAUCAUCAUCAUCAAGAGCACAGUCAUUAUCUCAAACUUCUGCUGUUCACUGUUGAACAUGGCAAAUUCAGAAUCAAGUAUUAACAAGUUCGUCAUCCAUGUUCCCUUUGAGCAUCUGAAGCUACCAUGAAUCCAUUUAGUGUGGAGUUCAUCCUCAUUCAAGAAGAUCACCUUUCAUAAGUCAGCCAUAAAGAAGAAGCACGGAUGUCAUCCUGUUUUUGUCCCUUUUGUGCCAAGUGUUUUAUGAAAUGCAGAUUGUAUUAAAGAAACUGCAUAUUAAGAGCCCAGUUGCAUGGAAGUGCAGCGAGUGUCUUACAUUGGGACUUUAUAUUCUGAACUGUAACCAUCAUUUGGAAUUUGAAAUGAUUUGCUCACACAAAUAUUAAACAUACAAUGCAUCAACAGGAACAUGCACACACAUGCAAAAAAAGUGUUUAUACAUAUACAUGCACACAUGAAUGCAUGAAAGCAUGCAUAUUAAAAACCUCAUGUGUAAAUAUAGUUCUUAUUAUGAUGACCAAACCACACAAGAACUGCAUAGUUCUUAUUACAUGCCCACUUUAAUUUACAUACUCAUUGUGUGCACGCACGUGCUCGCAAUUAAAUACAUUCAUGUAUACAUAUGUACAUGUACAUACAUAUGUAAAUAUAUGUGCAUGCACAUACUGUUUGUAUACAAUCAUAUAUGCAUGCAUUCACUUACAAAAAGAACUAAACAAAAAAAAAACAAAAAAAAAAAAGACUACUUCCUUCAGGUGAAUAAAUACAAUUGCAUUGUAUUUCAUGAAACUGGCAAUUGUUUUGUGAAAGAAAAUCUUACGACAGUGAUAUAGUGUGUUGCUCAUAUUUUGCCAGUAAUAUCAUGUGUUUAAGUACAGUACUCUAUUUUGAAUCAAGGCUUUUGUCUGGAAAAAUGAGACUAGUUUUUUGACUGUGGACUAUAGUUUUGAGACUUUCGAGAUUAUGCUGACACUGGACAGCCCGCGCACCGUCCUCGAAGCCACAGAAUUUGAUUUUUAUAAAGUGAAAGUCAAUGGUCAGUAUUUCAUACCAUAAUUGUGUUGUGCAGUCCAUCAAAUGGCCCUACACACUCCUUAAGGGAUGAAUGAUGGCAUAGUCAUCUCAAGUAUAUUUUUUCCAGUUAUCUUAAGGAAUGAUAUUAGUGCUUAGUCAUCUCAUAAGUAUAUUUUCUCGUUAUCUUAAGAGAUGAUUGAGGAUGAGAUCAUGCCAAAAGCACAUUUUCCCAGUCAUUGUUAUUUUUAUAUGCUUUAAUUACAAUACUUAAAGGAUGCAUGAGAUGAACUUUGGUGGGCCAUACAGUAUAAGUGAAGCUGGUGGAGUCAGAGUGCACAUAUUACCCAUAAUUUCCUAGGUUAAUUUGCUUAUGAUUUAUUGUCACUAUAUAUUACCUUCAUCUAAUUGCUAAUGAAAGAUUUGUUGGAACUUUUUUGGUUUCAAUUUGAAUUACUUAAAAAUCUUUUGUGCUUUCUCUUGACAUUGUUCUAUAAAAUGACCAUUUAUAUUAUGAAGUUAAACUUCAGUGAACUUGGCUGUUGCAAAUUGCUAAUUAUUGUGUUAGAACCUGUGAAGUGCUAAUCUAGAUUAUUAUAUUUUACUGCCCAUUUUUGUAUUUUGAACUUUUUAAUGUAUUUUUCUUGGAAUCAUUUAAUAGAAAUGAAGUACUAAUUAAUAUAAGAUACCUUCAGCUUGUGUCAAGGGAAAAAUAUAGUCUAGUACUGAUAACAUAGCCCAUAAAUAGGUCAGUCAGUGGUCAGGAUAGGUUUAUGGAUUCUUUUUUACACUUUCAACUGGACAUAAACAACAACAAAUAGAGCUUAAUGUGCAUUUCUGAGAAUGGUCAAAUCAGCUGCUGCUGUGGUCAAGACCACACCAUGGUGCCACGCAGAUUUCGAUUUAAAUUUUAGCUCUUCUUCAAGUGUCACAUAAUUUUGGAGUAGAAAGACAGUGGAUAGCAUAUCUUUGUCCACAAUAGAGCGAGACUGCUCGUUGUUACACUAAAGAACAGAUCAAACCAGUCGACACCAAGUUCAAAUGAUCAAUGGGUCUUCCAGGAUAGCAGGAUUUCACUUAACUAGCAAACUAUCCAAUACACCAAGCACCACCAUGUCAGCUGUAACUAGAGUAACAGGGUUGGAGUAGGUGGAAACUAUCACUACAUACCUGUUAUUCACCCACUAAGCAUCCAGCUCUGCAAAGGUCAAUUCAAUUGACAAUGAAUUUUUUUUAUUUGUGUUGGGGGUGGGAGUGGGGGGGGGGCUGCCAUUCCAAGCUUCAGUGUUUGUUUCUUGGAGAGCACUUAUUGUUUUCCAUGUCUGACUUCAUCUACCUGCUUCAGCUUAAAUACAGGGUUUUCUUUUCUGGAUCUGAUUGUCAAGGACUAAUGGCUUCCAGAGUUUUCUUUGAGAUUUAUGGUUAUCUUUGUGUUGUCAAACUUCUUUUGAAUUGAGUCAUUAGGUUGUGUCAUAGGAACUCUGGCUCUGGCCUAGGCCUCUUGGUGCUAGACUUAAUUAUAUACACUUGGUCCGUACACAUUAUUUUGUUAGUUGGUUUGGUUAGUGCCAUUGCACAUCCAGCUACCCAGCCUCUUCCAAUGGUUGCACUCUUGCCUAAAUGCCCUAUGCUGUUGGGUACACAGUUGCCAGUCAGGGCUUUGCUGGAAGUUGAUGUUACAGGGAUUGCUUCCAACAAAGUUUUGCCUAGUGACCCAUGGCCCUACAAUUCUUUGCCUAAGAAGGGGGGUCUGGGUUGUCUGUGUUCGAGGCUCUCCGUACUAGUGCUCCAACUUUUCCCCUCUUUCUUUGGAAAUGGAAGGUGUCCAGUCUGAGUAUUGAUUCGACAGGGCCUCUUAGUUUCCCUUUGACAUCUCAUGGGCGGGGAAUAUGUUUACUUUCUGUCUCAGUGAGAGUUUGAUGAAUACUCAGGUGCUUUCUGUUAUUCUGCAUAGGUACAGUAUCCCUAUUUCUGACUCCUUUUUGGUAAGGCAUAUCAGAAAUUUUUAAUUGUGCCUUCUGCAGUGUGGGAAUUGUGUGUCUGAACCAGAGCCGAUUUGCUUUCUUGUUGAUCCCAUUUGUUAUAUGAAAGGGUGUCGAAUGGUUUGAUUUUUUUUAGUGUCAUAGUGAGCAGUCUCUCCGAGAGGUUGAUUGAGAGCUCUGAACUAUAUUCCACUCCUAUAUUGUGACAAAACCAUUUGGAAAAAUUCUUUGCCUCAGUGGGGCCUAGUCAAUCAGAUGCUGGUGAGUUGUUAGUGACCUGUGUGGACGAUGACUUUGGCUAGGAAAGCAACCCAUAGAUUGCUGAGAAGGGAGCUUUUUAGUCUACUCGAUGCCUAAUUUUUUGUCUACAUUUCACUAGGCUUGGCCAUUUCAUUUAUUUUCGAAGAUUAGUACAUUCAAGUUUAAAAAAAAAUAGGUCUUUUCCUGCUGGAAAAACAUUUACAGCCAUGCAAUGCUGUCAAAGUUUUCAGAUGUCAGAUGUCAAAGUGUCAGAUCAGUUUGUUUUCCAAAUUGUGCUAGAUUUCUUCCUAAACUUCACAAAUUCCUGAAAAUGGGGAUACUGUAUAUAAUUUUUUUUUAUUAUUAUAUUGUUCUAAAGAAGCUUAUGACUUUGUAUCUUUUUACUUUUUUAUAUAAAUUAUAAAUUUGCA